AUGCAGAUCUUCGUCAAGACCCUUACGGGUAAGACCAUCACCCUCGAUGUUGAGGCGACCGACACGUACUAUUUUUUGCAUUUUUUUUGAUCAGUUUUUAGAUUAUUUUAGUGAUAUGGUAGAGAAAACACUGGUAUUUUUUCUUGUGGACAGAUAAAGAACUUAAGAUGAAAUUGGAGUUCGGUGUAGAUUCGGGCAGAUCUUGAGGUCUACAGGAUUUCAUUCACCAUGUUUAGGAUUCAGGCAGCCUAGAAAUAACUUGAUCGUAACUCACAGCUCAACGUCAAUCAGUUUCGCACUCUCUCAUACACAACAUCAUCGUCAUUUUUCGCAAUUUCUACUUCUGACAACUACAGCAUCGAUAACGUGAAGGCUAAGAUCCAGGAUAAGGAGGGUAUCCCGCCGGAUCAGCAGCGUUUGAUCUUCGCUGGUAAGCAGCUCGAGGAUGGUCGCACUUUGAGCGACUACAACAUCCAGAAGGAGAGCACCUUGCACUUGGUGUUGCGUCUCCGUGGUGGCGUCAUCGAGCCGACCCUUCAGGUGUUGGCCCGUAAGUUCAACUGCGACAAGAACAUCUGCCGUAUGUGCUAUGCCCGUCUUCCCCCGCGUGCGGUCAACUGCCGUAAGAAGAAGUGCGGACACAGCAACCAGUUGCGCCCGAAGAAGAAGAUCAAGUAA